CAAAAUCUUGACCAAAAUUGUCAUAUUUUUAAAUAAAGACUGGAUUAAUAGAUUGCACGCUGACGGCUAUGGAGCUGAUGUCCAGAAAUAAGAACGGAAAUGGAGGAAUUGUGGUGAACAUCUCUUCAAUUGCAGGACUUGAACCAUUGCCAUUUUGUGUAACAUACUCUGCUACCAAAUUUGGUAUUGUUGGAUUCACCAGAAGCAUGGGGCAACAAAUUAUUUACAACAAAACUGGAGUAAAAGUGAUGGCAAUCUGUCCGGGAGCAACUGAAACUGCCAUCUAUAACAAUGCGGGAAUCUCAAUUCUAAGCUUCCCUUGGAUGAGUGAAUACAUCGAACAACUAAUUCUGGCAUAUAAAACACAACAGCCUGAGGUGGUUGGCAAAGCUGUCGUAAAGAUCAUCACUGAGGGAAACAACGGAUCGGUUUGGGUUGUUUCCGAGGACUUUGGUCUUUCUGUUACUCUGUAGAAUUUUUGUUUGGACGACUCAGGCUCCGAACCCGCAACCCGGUUUGAAUUAACAAAAUAACACCGUGUAACAAAAUAAGAAAAAUAAAAAAAAACAUUCGCUUAAGAGGCAGUUUUUUCAUUAUGCUCGGUUUCGUCUCGAGGUCGUGUAGAGGUGCACCGAUUUGGACAAAACUGUCAGCGUUGUUUGUUUAUACAUGAGACGAAGUCAUACAAAAUACAAGCCCGCUGGUUGUAGCAGU